AUGAACGGUUACAACAGUGGCUCUACGCUGUCAGAUGCACCACCGGGUCAAGGUCAGAUCCAGCAGCUUCCCGGACGGCCUAUGAUCGAUCUCAAAAAGAAACUCGUCGUCGUUGGUGAUGGUGGUUGUGGCAAAACGUGUCUCUUGAUAGUCUACUCUCAAAACAAGUUCCCACAAGAAUACGUACCUACCGUCUUCGAAAACUACGUGCCUAUCAUCCAGUUUGAAGGCAAGACCAUCGAGCUAGCGCUCUGGGAUACAGCAGGGCAGGAAGAAUACGAUCGCCUGCGACCGCUGUCGUAUCCGGAAUCAGACGUGAUUCUGAUUUGCUUCGCCGUUGACUUCCCGACAAGUCUCGCGAAUGUACAGGACAAAUGGUUCCCGGAGAUCAACCAUUUUUGCGAAGGCGUGCCGAUCCUCUUGGUAGGCUUGAAGACAGAUCUGAGGAAGGACGCGAACAGUUUGGCCAUGUUGCAGGCACAGGGGACGAAACCGGUCACGCCAGCCCAGGGACAGCAUGUAGCGGAUGAGAUUGGAGCGGCCAAGUACGUCGAGUGCUCGGCAAAGACCAAGGACGGAGUACAAAAUGUCUUUGAUACCGCAAUUCGAGAGGCGUGCAGAAAGAAAGGCUGGGCAAGAAGGGCUGGUGUAGGUGGAGCUGGAGGCGCCAAAAAGAAGUGCGUUUUGCUGUGA